AUGCACGAUGAAGACUUCAUGACAAAAUGUGGGGAGUGGCUUCACAUGCAACCACCUAGUGAAAGGUCACCUGAGCGCUUCCAACGGCACCUGAACAACGAUGUCAUACCACUGCUUACUGGGGCAGUUAAGGCCAACGUGUCGGAAAGUACGGCUCGCCGCUGGAUGCAGCAAGUUGGAUAUCGAUAUGGCCUCUGGAAGAAGAACGUUUACACCGACGGUCACGGGCGUGAUGAUGUCAAGUCAUACCGCGAGACGUUUUGCAAAUCAUUCCAUGGCUUUGCAACCAGGAUGCGUUACUACUGUGGCGACGGCAUGGCAACGGUGGAGCAUCCUAGAACAACAAAUGAGUCCGAGAUUGUUUGGGUUGCGCACGAUGAGUCAGUGUUUUGCGCCAAUGAUGAUGGCGGCAAAGACUUCUUGUGCCCAUGCCACGGCCGCUUGUACAACAUGGUGAACGGCGUCAAGAAAUACACGACUCAAACGCUGCACGUCGGCUCGAACAACGAAGGAUAUUGGACGUGUGAGUACAUGAUCAAACAAAUUCAAGAGGAAGUGGUCGCAGCAUUCAACGAAAUGCACCCGGGAGGGAAGGGAUACAUUACCUUUGAUCAGUCGACGAAUCAUGCAGCCUUCGCCCCUGAUGCGCUCCGUGCCUCGAAUACGAGUCUUAAACCGGGUAGCGCCCAAACACUUCUUCGUCCUGGACGACUGCUGGAUGGAACAACUCAAAGUAUGGUCUUUGAAAAACAAGUACUCUUAGAACUUGGAUACGACGUCAAGUUGUUGAAGCUGUCUCUCUUUUGCAAACAAACGCACCUCAAUACAUGCCAAAGCGACGUCCGCAUGUGCUGUGCGCGCCAUUGCAAGGCUUCCCAAAAAGACUUUCGUGCCCAGCUGUCCCUAUUGGAAGAGACAAUAAUCAGUGCUGGUCACAUUUGCGCAUUCCUACCCAAGUAUCAUUGCAAAUUGAAUCCGAUCGAAUCGUUCUGGGGGGCGCCAAGCGCUACGAGGAGUCACUGCGACUACUCGUUCGAAGGGUUAAAGACUUGUGUCCCUCAAAGCCUUGAUUUCGUACCUCUCACGUCCAUCCGCAAGGUUUUUCGCCGCUGUGCCCAUUUCAUUGAAGCCUACAGCUUCGAGUAUGACUACGAGUUAACAAGGUUCGCGCACACCAAGUACAAGAGCCACAGAUGA